AUGGGCGUGUGCGAAGGUCUCCCAGGAGCGAGGCAGCUCGAAUCGAAUACUUGCCCCAGCGGCCGGGAAACCUUGGUUCCUCCCCAGGACCAGUCGCCGUGCUUCCGAAGGGCGGCCCCUACACUAGCUCCCCGAAAGUGGGACUUCGGCCCCCACCCCUGCACGAGCAGCCCCCCACCCUCCCGCUCCCGACCAGAGAGAGAAUUAAUUGUCGAGGAGAUAACGGGUUUAAAAUACACUCACCCCACAGUAACUGUCCCCGGGACCCAAGCCGUAAGUUUUGUCCCCGGGCAACCCUCUUUAACUAACCCUAGAUUUUCUCAGGGGCCACUGCUCCCUCAGCCUGAGAUAAUCCCUGUUUUCAGCAAUUGUCCUGAUCUGAUAAAGGGCCGUGGGCGGGCGGGCUGGUGCCUCCGGGACUCGGUGCGCGACCGCCAAGGGCACCGCUCCAGGAGCGCGAGGACGAGGUGCUGGUCCCGGGACUGCACCCCGCACCCGGCGGCCUUCCGGCCUCUGCGACCCCGUGGGCCGAGGCCCACCCCCGCCCUGCGAGCCUCGGGGAGUUCCCGCGGGCGCCUCCCUCCCGGCAAGGUCGCCGCGUUCCCGCGUGAGGGCCGGGCCUCCGCCAGCGGCAGAAGCUUGAACUCUCCGCGGCCAGAGGUCUGCGGGGCCUCGCGGGACGACAUCUGGGCGGGUCCCGAAGACUCCGGUCCCACGGCGCCUGAACGUUUGCCAAGUCACCCUGGAGCUGUCGGCCACGACGCAGGCGCGCGGAGAAAGUAAACGCCAAGCAGUAGAUUUGCUGGGUCGUUUGCUCAUUUCCUGCAUCACCCAAUUGUGGAUCUAGCAC